UCUCUCUGUUUUCACAUUAUCAUACCAAAAAAAGAAAGAAAUAUUUCUCUAGCUUUUUCCCAAGCAUCACCCUUUAUCAUUUUCUCAAUUGAAACAUAUAUACCUAUGUUUAUGUUUCUUGAAAUUCGAAAAAUUUAAGGAAAAGAUCAUACUUGGUUAUUAAUUUUCUUUUGUUUUACAGAUUGUUGUCUGAUGGGUAAUUGUAUUGGUUCAUCAGCUAGAGUUGAUACCAGUCUCAGCUCUCAUAACAUUUCUGCUUCUGAAGCCUCUAGGGUUCCCAGCAGAACCAGCCAUUCUUCUAUUCUAUCAAGUUUAAGUAUUCCAUCUUAUAGUCGGAAAAGCAGUGUUGAUACCCUUUCUACUCCAAGGUCUGAAGGCGAGAUUUUGUUUUCUCCCAAUGUCAAGUCCUUCUCCUUUAAUGAAUUGAAAAGUGCAACAAGGAACUUUAGACCUGACAGUCUUCUUGGCGAAGGAGGAUUUGGUUAUGUUUUCAAAGGAUGGAUUGAUGAACAUACUCUUACUGCUGCAAAGCCUGGUUCUGGAAUGGUCAUUGCGGUCAAGAAAUUGAAGCCAGAGGGUUUGCAGGGUCACAAGGAGUGGGUGACUGAAGUUAAUUACCUUGGGCAACUUCGUCAUCCAAACCUGGUUAAACUUAUUGGGUAUUGUAUAGAGGGAGAUGAUCGACUAUUGGUGUAUGAGUUCAUGCCUAAAGGAAGCUUGGAGAAUCAUUUAUUUCGAAGAGGUCCUCAGCCUCUAACUUGGUUGACAAGAAUUAAGGUGGCGAUUGGUGCUGCUAGAGGUCUUGCUUUCCUACAUGAUGCUAAAGAACAAGUUAUAUAUCGCGAUUUUAAGGCUUCUAAUAUUCUAUUAGAUGGGGAAUUUAAUGCAAAGUUGUCUGAUUUUGGUUUAGCCAAGGCAGGGCCAACUGGUGAUCGGACUCAUGUAUCCACUCAAGUCAUCGGUACACAGGGCUAUGCUGCUCCAGAAUAUGUUGCCACAGGUCGAUUGACAUCAAGAAGUGACGUAUACAGCUUCGGGGUUGUAUUGCUUGAACUAUUAUCAGGGCGUCGUGCUCUCGAUAAAACAAAGGUUGGCGUUGAGCAGAAUCUUGUGGAUUGGGCAAAGCCAUAUCUAGGGGAUAAGAGAAGGUUGUUCCGAAUCAUGGACACUAAACUAGAGGGCCAAUAUCCUCAGAAAGGAGCAUAUACAGCUGCUAACCUUGCUUGGCAGUGUCUAAGCAACGAGCCCAAGCUAAGGCCACGUAUGUCUGAAGUUUUAGCUGCUCUUGAACAGCUUCAAGCACCGAAAGGUGUUAACAAAGUCUCUCGGAUUGAGCAUCGAGCCACUUCUAGCUCAGUUCCAGUUUCUCCAUUUAGACACCGUUCAUCACUCAGCGUGACACCCCAUGCCUCUCCAUUACAGGCCUAUCACAAGUCUCCACGCGGAAGGUGACUCCUAGAAAAUAAACUUCUAUUUGGUUGUCAUUGUAAAGUUUUCCUAUAUGUAGCAAAUUUUGUUGUCUAGAUGCAUUGACAUGCAGAAUCAACAGAUUGUUUUCAUGUAAAAUGUUGGAAUCAUCACUCUGUAACCCACUGAUUGAUAGAGUUGGCUCUUUGGUCACAAUUAGUCUUGUUUUCACAUAAUGUUUUUUUUUCUUGA